CAACCACCAACACCACGGCCAUCGAUUCCUUUAGCGAUACGACCCCCGACACGAGUAUCGCGGCGCGUGACAUCUUCUUCUUGUACUUGUUACUGCGUCUGUAUUUUUCUUAUCAGCGAAUCGCCCGUUUUUUUUUUCUUUUCACGACGCUCGUCGCAUUCGAGUCCCGACAUCCCUUAACACGGCCCCUCGCGUGCGCCGUCGAAUCAUCACAGCACUCUCGCCCCCGAAUGGAAGCAGUUUAGGCGUCUCUUUGACGCAGAUAAUGCAACAAUGUCGGGAAACACGCUAGAUGAUGUCGUGAAGCGGCUUGGCGCUGCUGAUACCGACCCCAAAAUCAAAGCUGAUACCGCAGCGACUUUGCGCGAUAGCUUGGACCACUACACAACCGGUCCCACCUAUGUGCCCUUUCUUAAGAAGGUAAUGCCAGUCUUUAUUGGCAUCCUCAAAGGCCCAUGCAUCUUCCAGAGCAACUCGCAAGAACAGCGAUUGCGCAACUCCAUCCUAGAGAUUUUGCACCGUCUGCCGACCGCGCCAGCGCCCGCCGAACCUUUCGAGUCCUACGCCGACGAGACGGUCGAUUUGUUGAUGCAACUAGUUCGCAACGACAACGAAGACAAUGCUACGCUAUGCGUCAAGAUCACUUCAGAUAUAAUGCGCCAUCAGCACAAAGUUCUGCAGCCCAAGGUACAGGCAUUCCUGACGCUGAUCCAAGAGCUCUUUGAGCAGAUGGAGAAGAUGGUCCGCGACCAAUUGGAUAAUGGAGCCGCGACAGGCGCUGCACAGGCUGGAACACCAUCAACACCAGCGAAUUUGCAAUCUCCCAGACCUGCCUCGCCCGUGGCGUCUGUCCCGGAACUCGGCGCCGAGCCCCAGCAACAGAACCGUGUCCUCCUCAAGGGCAUGCAGUCGUUCAAGGUGCUUUCAGAAUGUCCCAUUAUAGUCGUAUCUAUUUUCCAAGUAUACCGACAAUCCGUUCAAGAAAAUGUGCGGUCCUUUGUACCUCUUAUUAAGAGUGCCUUGGCCCUGCAAGCGAGCGCCCAGAAGCAGGCCCACGCUGAUGCCGCAGCAAAGGGCAAGAUUCAUUCCGGCGUCAGCCCUGCUAUCAAGAACAGAGCUGCCUUUGGCGAAUUUAUCACCGCUCAAGUUAAGACUAUGAGCUUUCUCGCCUACUUGCUGCGCCAGUACAACUCUCAGCUUGCCGAUUUCUUGACCCUUGUCCCAGACAUUGUCGUCCGAAUGUUACAAGACUGCCCCAAGGAAAAGUCUUCUACUCGAAAGGAACUUCUCAUCGCCAUGCGACACAUGAUCACCUAUGGAUGUAGAAAACACUUUUUGCCCAAGAUUGACGAACUUCUCGACGAACGAACACUUAUGGGCGACGGCCUCACCGUGCAAGAAACGAUGCGACCCUUGGCAUACAGCAUGCUCGCCGAUUUGAUUCAUCACGUCAGAGAUUCUCUUAGUCCGGAACAGAUCCGAAAGACGGUCGAGGUAUACACAAAGAACCUGCAGGACAACUUUCCUGGCACAAGUUUCCAGACAAUGAGCGCUAAGCUUCUGCUCAACAUGGCAGAAUGCAUCGCCAAGUUGCCUAACAAGGUCGACGCAAGACACUAUCUCAUGAUGAUCCUGAAUGCUAUCGGUGAUAAAUUUGCAGCAAUGAACCGCCAAUACCCUAAUGCGGUCAAGCUGUCCAAGAUUUACCACCAGCAGCUCGAAUCUGCUUCUACUGAUGCCACUGCCGCAAACGCGGAACAGAAGCCAGAUUGGGACGAUACAGACAUCUUCUCUGCAGUUCCGAUAAAGACAUCAAGCCCCCGUGACCGCGGGUCUGAUCCUGUUGCCGACAACAAAUUCUUAUUUAGAAAUCUGAUGAACGGUCUUAAAAACACCUUUUAUCAGCUCAGAACCUGCAACACAGGCACACCUGUCGAUCCCCAAAACGCACCAGCUCACUGGCAAGAUGUGUCAUACGGAUUCUCGGCUGAAGAAGUCAACAUUAUUAUUAAGCUGUUCCGCGAAGGCGCUUACGUCUUCCGAUACUACGAGAUUGAAAAGCCGACGACCGAAUCACCGUACCAGUCUCCUGUAGAAUACAUGGCCAACUUCUACAUGGUAUCAAGCAGCAAAGAGGAAAAGGACUUGCUCGAGACGUUUGCUACCGUCUUUCACUGCGUCGACCCCGCCACAUUCCACGAAGUCUUCCAACAAGAAAUCCCAAAGCUUUAUGACAUGAUUUUUGAACACACUACACUCUUACACAUCCCCCAAUUCUUCUUAGCUAGCGAAGCGACAUCCCCGAGCUUCUGCGGCAUGCUCUUGGAAUUUCUCAUGGAACACAUUCACGAGGUUGGCUCUGCUGACAUCAAGAAGUCAUCAAUUUUGAUUAGACUCUUCAAGCUGGCAUUCAUGGCCGUGACACUUUUUUCUAACCAGAACGAGCAGGUUUUGCUGCCACAUGUUGUCAAUAUCGUCACGAAGUCUAUUGAACUAUCGACAAAAGCGGAAGAGCCAAUCAACUACUUCCUGCUCCUUCGAGCCCUCUUCCGCAGCAUUGGAGGUGGCAAGUUUGAGCAGCUCUACAAACAGAUUUUGCCUCUGCUUGAGAUGCUCCUCGAUGUACUCAACAAUUUGCUGCUGGCGGCACGAAAGCCCUCGGAUCGUGACUUAUACGUCGAACUCUGCUUGACAGUCCCAGCACGUCUAAGCCAUCUUCUUCCUCACCUCAACUUCCUCAUGCGACCUCUUGUCGUUGCUUUACGAGCCGGAACAGACUUGGUCGGCCAAGGCCUGCGCACACUAGAGCUUUGCGUUGAUAACUUGACCGCCGAUUAUCUUGAUCCUAUCAUGGCUCCUGUAAUCGACGAGCUAAUGACUGCCUUGUUCGACCAUCUCCGCCCACAUCCAUACAACCACUUCCAUGCGCAUACAACCAUGCGAAUCCUUGGCAAACUUGGUGGCAGAAACCGCAAAUUUAUGACCGGCGCAGUCCCGCUUACAUAUCAGAGCUUUGCUGACGACCCUUCAAGCUUCGAUAUGCGGUUGAUAGGAUCGAGAAGAGACAGAGCAUUCCCCGCUGAUCUCGGUAUUGACAUGUCUGUUCAGAAGCUCAUGGAAGGCCCUCCAAAGUCAGGCAAGAAUGGACAGUUGAAGCACAGCGAAGAUUAUUAUAAAAAGCAGGCUCUGCAUUUCAUCAAGACACAGCUUAAGCUUCGCAUUGGCUACGAUCAACUACCCGACGACUUUGCUAGAGUCGUCAGGCUCCAAGCUGAAGAUCUCUUAACUCGCAAGGCUGAUAUCAAUAUCGCGCCGUUUGAGGUUUCCAGCCGAGACAAGUCUAUCCCGAAGAAGGAUGAGCAGGACCAAAUCACGAAGAAACUCCUGAAAGCCAUUAUGUUUGCUCAUUCGAUCCCAGAUUUCAAGGAUGAGGCCUCAAAGUUUAUGCAAGAUGUUGCGAGACAUUUUGCCCUCAUUGAGGUUGGACGCUCUCUUGUGGACUUGAAGCGCAACACCAGUCCUUUUGACCCCAAUGCUGGUGAAGGUCCGCUAUACAUUGACACUCGUAUCCUCCCGGAUGCUAUUGUUGAAUCACUAGCGUCAGACCACCCGGACGUUCGAGAGGCGGCUCAAGCUGUGAUCUUGCAACUGUUCCAGAGCACUACUACCAUAUUUGGGUCAAACGCAAACGUUGGGCGUCUGCCACUGUUCAACCAUCUCUCUAGCACAUUCUGCCAUAGCUGCUAUGAAGAAGAGUGGUUCACUAAGCGUGGCGGAAGUCUCGGAAUUAAUUUCCUGUUGACGGAGCUCGAUUUUGGCGACGCUUGGGUGUCGUCGAAACAGAUUGAAUUUGUUCGCGCUCUUAUGUAUGUCAUCAAAGACAUGCCCGAAGAUCUGCCUGAGAAGACACGCUCCCUGGCCCAGUCAAGUCUUGAGGUGCUGCUUAACCGCGUUACUAAGAGUAUUAAGAAGGAGGAUGCUCUGCCUCCUCAGCCUCAACAGCAAGGCCAGCCUCCUGCAAAGCCCAAUCGACUGGCUCAAAUCUGCAUGGCUUUGAACAGUGAGCUUUUCCACAUGAAUAAGUUUGUGCGUGAGACUGCGCGAACCUCGCUCGAGCUCAUCGCCAAGCGUGCUACAUGUGAGGUUUGGGAACUGGUUGAGCCGUAUAAGGACAGAUUUUUGCAGCCGAUCUACGCUAAGCCGCUCCGUGCUCUGCCCUUCGCUAUCCAGAUUGGCUACAUCAAUGCCAUGACAUACUACAUGACGCUCAAGACUGACUGGGUCAAGUUUGAUGACAACCUCCACCGUCUUUUGAUGGAGUCACUUGCUCUUGCAGAUGCUAGCGAUGAAUCUCUCGCCAAUAAGCCAGCCGAAUAUCGCACUCACGAAUACAUUGUCAACUUGCGAGUCUCGUGUAUCAAACUGCUCAGCACGGCAAUGUCAUUCGAGGAAUUUUCCAACGCACAAACAAAGGCCAAGAUUUUGACCGUUUUCUUCAAGUGCCUGUACUCCGAGUCCAAGCCCAUUGUGGAAGCCGCCAACGAUGCCCUGAAGCAAGUCCUCGCCGUUGAUAAGAGACUGCCUAAGGAUCUUCUACAAAGCGGGCUGCGACCAGUACUGUCUAGUCUUUCUGACCCUAAACGCUUGAGCGUCCAUGGCUUGGAUAACCUUUCAAGACUGUUGAAGCUACUUACGAGUUACUUCAAGGUGGAGAUUGGUGUACGAUUGCUUGACCAGAUUGAGUCUAUCGUUGAACCUAACGGCUGGCAACAAAUCUCCUUCACUUUCUUCGAGCAGAACCCGCAGAUGAAGGUCAUCGCUGCCAUUUUCAAUAUUUUCCAUCUCCUCCCUACACCCGCCGAAGCCUUCAAAGAUCGCCUGAUUGAUUGCUUUUUGGGCUUGGAAGAACGCCUUCGUCGCACACAGCGCAGCCCCUUCAGAGCUCCCAUGUACCUGUUUUUGAACCGAUAUCCCAAGGAAGUAUGGACUUUCUUGCUAAGCAAAUUGGAUGAGCUCAAGUACGGCCGAUUGCUGGCGCAAGUGCUUGAUGAUUCUGAGAGCGGCCCUCUCCGCGAAGUUGCAAUCGAGGAUCUAGAGGCACUCAAGACGAAAUGCAAUGAACUUGUUGCUCAGAACAACGAGAAGAAGUUCAUUGCGAUUAUCAACACAGUUUCAGUUCUGCGCUCGUUGAGCCACUACCAGGAGUCGUGCAGUUGGCUGGACAAGAAGGAGAAUAUUUCUUGGCUCAAGGGCGUCGGCAAAGAACUCGAGGGUCAUCUACGCAACUACACGUGCCCUGCGAACCUGCGCCUCGCCGCAUUCCAGGCUGCUGAGCAGCUGAUGGAUAUUUUGAUCAAGUCCUUAGAAAGAUCACCCAAGGAUCUCGACGCUCUUUGGAGCUUGGUCGAAUCUGUUACGGCGGAUGAGCUUCGCACGACACACUCCUUGUUCACCUUCCUCUACAAGCAUGUCAUUAGCAGCGACUCUGUGGAGUUCUGCAAGCAAGCCUUCUUGAAAUGUCUUGAUUCGUACUCUCUGCGAACAGUGUCCAACAAGACCAAACAUUUCCUGCUUCAUUAUAUCCUGAACCCCAUUGUGGCAAUGGAUGUUAUGCGCAAUUGGGAUAACUUGUCCAAGCCCAAGACCCCUACACUCAUGGACAAGGCAUCAAUUGACGCCGUCAGCAGCAAGAUCUGGCGCCAUCAGUUUGACCUCUCUCAUGAUGAUGCGUCACAAAUCGGUAUUGAUCAAGUUCGUUUCGAAGUGCUGCAGCUUUCCGCCAUGGUUGUGAAAUACUACCAUGCGUCAGUGCAAGACUCGCGCAAGGAUAUCAUCAAGUUUGGUUGGACGUUUAUCCGAUUGGAUGAUAUUAUCAACAAGAACGCGGCCUAUGUUGUAAUCGGCCACUUCAUCGUCCACUUCGACACUCCAGCCAAGAUUGUUUCCCAAGUCUAUUUGUCGUUGCUCAAAUCCAGCCAGACCGAGGGUCGCGCUCUGGUUACGCAGGCAUUAGAACUGAUUGCCCCUCUGCUUCCGUUGAGAUGCACUGGCGGAGUCAUCGAACGAAACGCAGGUUGGGUCCUGGCACCUCGCCGUGUGCUCUCCGAAGAAGGUCAGAACGUCCAACAGAUUACCGCCAUCUUCCAGUUCCUGGUCAAGCAUCCGGAUCUGUUCUUCGACUCCAGAGAUAAAUACGCGGCAUUCACAAUCACAGCUCUUCGCAAAGUUGCAGCGCCACCCAGCUCGUCGUAUGACAGUAAGAAGCUGGCCCUUAACAUGAUGUGGAUGAUCUGGACUUGGGAAGAGUGGCGAGUCGCUGGUACGAACCCUUGGGGCAGCAAAGAAGUCACAGCCGACUCACCAGCUUCUAAAAAGAGAAAGCUCGAUGCAGAGCAGUCUGUCGAUUCGUCACCAGCAGCGAAGCCUUCCGAGAGAAACGAGUACCAGAUUCCCGCUGUAUUCAAGCAAAAGAUGCUCAAGUAUCUCGUGGAAUUCAUUGCGCAACUGAACGAACGAUACCAGCUUCCAUCCGCAAAGCCAAAGGAAACAACUGUAGCAGCGUUGCCUGUCGCCACACAGAGUACGGAGCUUUGCAAGAAGGCAAUGUCUCUACUCUACAACUUGAUCCAACCAGAGUACUGGGGAGAUUUGGGCUUGGAGUUGUUCCCCAACGUGACUGAUGUCAUUUUGGCAAGUGAGAAGACUCAGAACCAUCUCGGCACCGAUCCCAACGACAAGGAGAAGUUCGACGAGAAAUUCUUGACAAAUAUCAUUAACACACUCCAAGUUGUGCGUAUUUUGCUCAACUUCAAGUCCGACGACUGGAUUCAGAAGAACACAGCUGCUGUUCAAAAGGUCAUCGAGAAGUGUCUUAAAUCCGAAAAUCCAGAGAUCCAAGACUGCCUGCACCUCGCUGACAAGAGCUUUGACGAUGGCCGUGAGUUGCGAUCUAUCAUUGGUCGUGUUCUUGAUGCUGUUCCAGAAGAUCUUCCAAUGGAAGAUGCUGACGCUGAUGGAGAAGUUGAGGCUCAGACCUCAGAGAUUGUUGCAUACUUGUCCCAAAUCGCAUCGGAAGCUAUGAACAGUAGCGCUUAUGUGUCUGGUGUCAACAUCUUGUGGUCGCUUGGUAACCGAAAGCCAGCCAUCAUUGACCAGCACAUUCCAGCCCUUAUGAAGGCGCUUCAGAGCAAGCAUGCUCGUGAACACGUACAGCACUAUAAUGCAGUAACUAACGCUGCUGCUGCUGCGACCGCACGCGCCCAGGACCCCAGCGCUUCCACUGGAGAGCUCUCCGCCCAUGAGCUUGAGCUGCAAACGAAACUGAUGAUCAAAGAGAUCCAGGUCGUUGCGCUCCGAAUGGAGUCUCUCGGAGACAAUCGUCGCCCCUUCUUGAGUGUCUUGGCUACGCUAGUUGAAAAGUCAAUGCACAUCGAUCUCUGCACAGAAAUCCUCUAUAUGGUUGAGGGUUGGGUCUUCCGAUCGGAGGGCACAUGGCCUACACUGAAGGAGAAGACUGCUGUGUUGCAUAAAAUGCUCUGUUUCGAACACCGCACCGACACCACCAUGCUCUCCAAGUUUUUGGAACUGGUUAUACGAAUCUACGAAGACCCCAACAUCACAAGAACAGAACUUACCGUUCGCAUGGAACAUGCUUUCCUGAUAGGUACACGGGCUGCAGAUGUUGACAUGCGAAAUCGCUUCAUGGCCAUCUUUGACAAGAGUUUGUCCAAGACUGCCAGUGUUCGUCUCUCGUAUGUUCUCACUGCGCAAAACUGGGAUACCAUGGCAGACUCCUAUUGGCUGGCUCAAGCGUCCCAUCUCUUGCUAGGCGCCGUCGAACUCAACACCAACAUCCAGCUUCAUUCCGAAGACUUCCGAAUUGUCCCAGCAUCCCAGCUGGCAACAAUCUAUUCCAAGGACAAGGAGCAACGGGAGCCUAACCAGAUGCCUGACGACAAAUUCGAGGAGCUGAUUUCACAGCAUCGUCGCUUCAUGACAGAGCUGGGCGACGUCAAGGUUCGCGAUGUCAUCGAGCCCUUGAUGCAGCUUCAGCAUGUCGACAACCAACUCUCACAUCAACUAUGGCUUACUCUGUUCCCGAUGUUCUGGUCUGCAACUCUACGAGAUGAGCGACCCGAUCUGGAGCGGGGCAUGGUAACACUCCUUACUAAGGACUAUCAUAACCGCCAAAUCGACAAGCGUCCUAAUGUGAUCCAGUCGCUGAUAGAAGGCGCAACAAAGACAUGGCCCGAAUGCAAACUGCCACCGCACGUCUUGAAGUUCGAGGCAAAGACAUACGAUGCCUGGUACGCGGCUUUGGUACAGCUAGAGAACAAUGCUAUGCAGCCUGUCACCAACUCUGCCACCGUUAGAGAGAGCAAUCUUGACGCUUUGGUAGAGCUCUACGCAUCGCUCCAGGAAGAUGAUCUCUUCUACGGUACUUGGCGAAGACGAUGCCAGUUUGUUGAGACCAACGCUGGUCUUUCAUACGAACAGAAUGGUAUGUGGGAUAAGGCACAGAAGCUAUACGAAGGUGCUCAGAUUAAGGCAAGAACCGGUGUCAUUCCUUUCUCGCAAGCAGAGUACAUGCUUUGGGAAGAUCAUUGGGUCCUCUGUGCCCAGAAGCUACAGCAGUGGGAGAUCCUGCAGGAGUUUGCUAAGCACGAGAACUUCCAGGACUUGCUCCUUGAAUGCGCUUGGCGCAACACUGACAUGUGGCAAGACGAGCAGCAUCGGGAUGCUCUGGAUAAUGUCAUUAAGGGCGUCAUGGAUGCUCCCACUCCUCGCCGAGCUUUCUUCCAGGCGUUUAUGGCUCUUCUUAAAUUCCACAACCAGCAAGAUACUGCCAACGAGUUUGCCCGCAUUUGCGACGAAGCUAUCCAGCUUUCCAUUCGCAAGUGGCACCAGCUGCCGACAAGAUUAACAAACGCUCACAUCCCCUUGCUGCAGAACUUCCAACAGCUGGUUGAAAUGCACGAUGCUAGCGUCAUCUGCCAAAGCCUUGCUAAUACCACUGCGUCAAACUUGGAUGUCAAGUCUGGUGAGCUUAAGCUCCUGCUUGGUGCCUGGCGAGACCGCCUACCCAACAUUUGGGAUGAUAUCAACGCCUGGCAGGAUCUUGUUACUUGGAGACAGCACAUUUUCGGCCUUAUCAACCAAACUUACCUCCAGCUUCUUCCCCCACAAGGUCAACAGAAUGCAAGCGGGGCGUCUUCAUUCGCCUACCGUGGUUACCACGAAACUGCUUGGAUCAUCAACCGCUUUGCCCACGUGGCUCGCAAGCACAGCCUUCCUGAGGUGUGCAUCAACCAACUGAGCCGCAUUUAUACUCUACCAAACAUUGAGAUCCAGGAAGCCUUCCUCAAGCUUCGUGAACAAGCAAAGUGCCACUACGAGAAUCCCGAGGAACUGUCCAGCGGAUUGGAGGUCAUCAACAACACCAACUUGAACUACUUCAACCCUCAGCAAAAGGCUGAAUUCUACACUCUCAAGGGAAUGUUCUUGGAGAAGCUUGAUCAGAAGGACGAAGCCGAUGUUGCCUAUGGUACUGCGUUGUAUUUCGACAUUGGUGCAGCAAAGGCAUGGGCUGAAUGGGGCUACUUCAACGACCGCAAGUUCAAGGCGGACCCCAACGAUCUUACUGCAGCCCGACAAGCGCUGACGUCCUACUUGCAAGCCGCCGGUAGCUACAAGAAUGCCAAAUCACGCAAGCUUCUUGCCCGAAUUCUGUGGCUGCUCAGCUUGGAUGACGCCAAGGGAAGCAUCGCCGCCGGUUUUGAUGACUUCAAGGGCGAGACUCCUGUCUGGUACUGGAUCACCUUCAUUCCCCAGCUCCUGACUGGUCUUGGCCACAAGGAAGCGUCUCGCGUCUACGAUAUUCUGCUUGCGAUUGCUAAGUCCUAUCCUCAAGCUUUAUACUUCCAGCUACGGACGAACCGUGAGGAUAUGUUGGUCAUCAAGAAGAACCAGGAAGCAAAGGAGAAGGCUAGAAAGGGCAGCACCGCAACUCCUGCUAACGGCAAACCGAACGCAUCGCCCUCUGUGACCAAACAAGAAACACCCAAGACAGAGGACGGCGCCGCUCGCCCUGCUACCGCCAAUGGUGAUGCUGUAGCCGCAGUCAAGGCUGAAGCUGGUGAAACUAACGGAACACCAGCAGCAGCAUCGACUCCAGCUCCAGCUAGCACCCCCGCUGCAGCAUCUACGACUGCAACUCCCGCUCCUGCAGCCGCAGUAGCGGCUGCCACACCUGCCACUAAGGACGGCGCACAAGACGAUAAGAGCGCGGUGGGCCAGAAGAAGCCUCCAUGGGAGCUCACUGAAGAGAUUAUGUCAGUGCUCAAGACUGCUUUCCCCCUCUUGGCACUGUCAAUGGAGACCAUGGUCGAUCAGAUCCAAAAGCACUUCAAGUGUCCACCAGACGAGGAUGCUUACCGAUUGAUUGUUGCCCUGCUUAACGACGCCUUGACAUAUGUCAGCCGAACCCCUGCCUCAUUUGCCAAGAGCGUCAAGUUGCCAUCUGCUACAGAGACCAACAUCACUCGAUUUGCGCACACCAUCUUGCCAAGCCACAUCAAGAAGUCAUUUGAAGCUGACUUUGUCGAUGUAAAACCCACUAUGUACGAGUACAUUCACAAGUUGCGCAAGUGGCGAACAAAGUUUGAAGAGAAGUUGGAUCGCCGCGUUCUUCAAACUCCUUUGGAGGCCUACUCACCUCACUUGAGCGAAUUCAAGUACCAGAAGUUUGACGAAGUUGAGGUGCCCGGCCAGUACUUGCAGCACAAGGACAAGAACCAGGACUUUAUUCGCAUUGAGCGAUUCUUGCCUGAUGUGGAUUUGGUCCGCUCCAUCAGCGCAUCCUACCGCCGACUGAAGAUGCGCGGUCAUGAUGGUAGUGUCCACUCUUGGGCUGUCCAGCACCCAGCUGCACGCCACUGUCGCCGUGAAGAACGCAUUCUACAGUUGUUCCGACAGCUGAACCAGACUCUGAGCCGUAAGAAGGAGAGCAGAAGACGUGACUUGCAGUUCACACUGCCGCUCAUGGUCCCUCUUGCUCCCCACAUCAGAAUCGUUCAGGACGACACCUCGUACGUUACUCUGCAUGGAGUAUACGAGGACCACUGCCGCAGAAUGGGCAUGCAAAAGGACGAACCGGUGUUGUUCACACUGGAGAAGCUACGCGGUGUUCUUGAAAACAAGGGACAGAACAAGGAAACAUUAGCAUCCAAUGCUCGCCUAGAGGUCUUCAAUGCCAUCCAAGAGAAGUGGGUGCCAUCAACUGUUGCGCUGGAAUACUUCCAAAAGACAUUCCCUCAAUUUGCCGACUUUUGGUUGUUCCGUCGCCAGUUCUCUUACCAGCUUUCGGCGCUUACAUUUAUGACGUACACAUUGUUCAUGCACAACAGAUAUCCUAUGAAGAUGAACAUUGCGCGCGGAUCAGGCAACAUCUGGGGCUCUGAGCUCAUGUCGUUUAUGAACGCCAACAAGCCUUACUUCCACAACCCGGAGCCUGUGCCAUUCCGUCUCACGCCCAACUUGCAAACCUUGAUGGGUCCCUUGGCCACAGAAGGUAUCUUUGCUUGCUCCCUCAUGGCAAUUGCACGAUGCCUCACCGAACCUGACCAUGAGCUUGAGCACGCACUCACGCUCUUUGUGCGCGACGAGAUGAUCUUCUGGCUCACAAGUAGCCACCGUACUGGCAUCAGCGAGAACCAGCUGAGAGAGUCUGUUAAGGUCAACAGCCAGUCGAUUGUCAAGAGAGCCAUCAGCUUGGCACAAAACCCUUCGGGCAACCUGCCUGCGAACCAAACGGCGAUUGACCUAAUAGCAUCUGCUGUCAACCCCAUGAACUUGGCGCAAUGCGAUAUUCUUUGGAUGCCAUACCUGUAAAACGGGUUUAGUUAUGAGAUUUAUCAUGGAUAAUUAUGAAUUGGAGAGAACGGGAAGCUGCUGGCUAUAGAUUAUAUCUUUAGCUUUGCAUUUAUUAUAGGGGAUACGAAAGUAAUGGGGUGUCUUGAUUGUAUUGCAUGUUUUUUUUCCUUUCUUCUUCUUUUUCUGUUUUUAUGCGGGUUUGCGGUUUGUUACUCUUGGUUACUGGUAUGGGAUACAUUUUAAAUAUGAAAAGCGUUCUCAUUUUAUUUUAUAAUUCGUUCUUGCCUAUUUUGUGAAUGUGACAAUAAGUUCUUCUUACUGCAACAAAUUUA